AUGGACAAGGCUUGGGUUUGGCUUCCAAGGACUAGCCGUGAGUAUGAACAAGGAUGUCAAAAGUUUGUUGAUGCAUCAGCAAGGAGUUUGGGUAAUCCUAGUGAAUUAUUCUGUCCAUGUCUUGAUUGCCGCAAUGUUUGCCAUCAGCCGUUGGAGACAGUAGUGGAUCAUCUAGUUAUUAGGGGUAUGGAUCAGAAGUAUAAGAGGAAUCAAUGUUGGAGUAAGCAUGAAGAGCAAAGAAAAGCUGCAAAAGAUGAUGUUCCGACAUCAGAAUCUGAGGCCUACAACUUGAUUAGGACAGCUUUCUUUGAUGGAGAAGAUAAUGAACAGGACCCGAGCCACAUUAGAGGUGAACCUGAAGCGAGUGACAGUGCAGAAGAAUCUCAGUUUAGGGACAAGUUGAAUGAGGCUGAAACUCCACUCUACACGACAUGUCACAAAUACACCAAGGUUUCUGCGAUAAUGGUUCUGUAUCGCAUCAAAGUGAAGAGUGGGAUGUCAGAGAACUCUUUUGAUCAGCUUCUGACAGCAAUUAAAGACAUGCUACCAGAAGACAAUUUGCUUCCGAAGCCCACAGACGAGAUGAAGAAGUUCUUGAAGAUUUUUGGGUUUGGCUAUGAUGUUAUUCACGCAUGCAAGAAUGACUGCAUCCUUUAUAGGAAGCAGUAUCAGAAGAUGGAAAGUUGCCCAAGAUGUAGUACUUCAAGGUGGGAAGUGGAUAAGCAUAGUGGUGAGGAAAAGAUAGGGAUUGCAGCGAAGGUGCUUAGGUAUUUUCCAAUCAAAGAUAGAUUCAAGAGGAUGUUUAGGUCUAAAAGAAUGGCUGAGGAUUUGCGUUGGCCUUAUAGCAACAACAGUGAAGAUGGUACAAUGAGACAUCCAGUGGAUUCCAUAACCUGGGCUCAGGUGAAUGAUAAUUGGCCAGUGUUUGCAGCAGAACCAAGAAACCUACGUCUCGGUCUCUCUACAGAUGGUAUGAACCCCUUCUCUAUCCAAAACACCAAGUAUAGUACAUGGCCGGUGUUGUUAGUUAACUACAAUCUGCCUCCAACUAUGUGUAUGAAGGUUGAUAACAUCAUGCUCACCAUGUUGAUCCCUGGUCCAACCGCACCAAGCAACAAUAUUGAUGUUUAUCUAGCCCCGCUAAUAGACGAUCUGAAAGAGUUGUGGAAUGAAGGUAUUGAGAUAUAUGACUCGUUUAUGAAAGAAAAGUUCACACUUAGAGCUGUGUUAUUAUGGACUAUUAGUGACUAUCCAGCAUUGGGUACACUGUCAGGAUGCAAAGUGAAGGGGAAACAAGGUUGUAAUGUCUGUGGGAAAGAUACACUAAAUGGGAAUGCAACGAGAAUUCAAACAGGAGCUGAAAUAUUUGAGGCUCUGAAAGAUUACAGAAACGACUUUGGGAAACCUUUGGAUAAGGAAAGUAAAAGAAAAAGAGCUGAGUUGUGUAAUGAUGAUGUGGCGUCAGAGCAAGAAUACGAAGAAGAUAGUGAUCAAUGGCGUUGGAAGAAACGGUCAAUCUUCUAUGAUCUACCUUACUGGAAGGAUCUUCAUGUGCGUCAUAACAUUGAUGUGAUGCACGUGGAGAAAAAUAUGUCCGAUGCAAUACUGUCUACGCUAAUGCAAUCAGCUAAAUCCAAGGAUGGUUUGAAAGCACGAAGAGACUUGGAAGACAUGGGAAUACGAGAACAUCUGCACACACAGGUCCGAGGGAAGAGAACGUAUUUGCCUCCAGCGGCUUUUUGGCUUUCUAAAGAAGAGAAGAAAAUAUUUUGUCUCAGGUUAUCUAAAUUUAGAGGACCAGACGGAUAUUGUGCGAAUAUCUCUAGUUGUGUGUCCCUGAAUCCUCCGGCAAUUGGUGGUCUUAAGUCACAUGAUCAUCAUGUGCUUAUGCAGAAUUUGCUUGCUGUUGCUUUGCGAGGGUUGUUGCCAAAAGGGCCUAGAGUAGCAGUGACUCGUGUAUGCAAUUACUUCACAAGGCUGUGUCAGCGUUUUAUUGAUCCUGAGAAGUUGAUACAUUGGGAGUCCGAGUUUGUGGAGACUAUGUGCCAGAUGGAGCGGUUUUUUCCUCCGUCACUUUUCGAUAUCAUGUUUCACCUUCCUCUACAUCUAGCAAGAGAAACACGUUUGGGUGGGCCUGUACACUUCCGUUGGAUGUAUCUCUUUGAGAGGUAUAUGAAGACCCUAAAGGCGUUUGUUAAAAACUAUGCUAGGCCAGAAGCAUGUAUGGCCGAGGGUUAUUUGGCCGAGGAAUGCAUCGUCUUUUGCUUAGAGUUUUUGCAUAAUUUUGUACCUAUUGAAGAAGCAGUUAAACGUAAUGACCAUGUUGAGGAUGAUCAUGUUGUACUUGAGGGACGUCCGUUGAAGAAGGCAACAGAAAUUACACUUUCGGAGAAAGAAAAAGACAUAGCACAUCGGAUACAUUUGGAAGAACUGCAGGCUACUGAUGCUCGGUGCAGAAGAAACAAAACUUUACUAUGGAAACUUCAUAAUGAACGAUUUGCAAACUGGAUAAAGGAGAAGAUACCUGCUAACUCUCCGGAUCAUUCGUCCAAGCUACGAUGGUUGGCAUUUGGACCAAGACUUGUUGCUCAAUCUCAUAAAGGAUUCAUAAUCAACGGCAAGCGUUAUCAUACGGAUGAUGUUAAGAGACAAACCCAGAAUAGUGGAGUUUCAUAUGAAGCUUUCACUAUGUGUAGGUCUAAUUCACGAGACAACAGGCAUACUGCAGACAUAGUAACGUAUUAUGGGGUGAUCAGGGAGAUCAUUAUACUGGACUACCACAUGUUCAACGUACCUGUAUUUAAAUGUACUUGGGCUAACAAAGGAAAUGGCGUGAAGGAAGAAGAUGGAUUCACGCUAGUGAAUCUGCAUCUAAGCCAAGCAGCUUUCAUCCAAGAUCCUUUCAUUAUGCCAUCUCAAGCGAAACAAGUAUUCUACUCGAGAGAAGAUGAAUCUUCACCCUGGUAUGUAGUAAUGAAGGCGCCACCGAGAGGUUAUCAUGAGUUAGAGACAGAGGAAGAGUUUACUGGGGCAUUAGGAUCAGAUUUUGAGUUGGAAGAUUUGGAAAAUCAGUCGUCAGAAGAUGAGAGUUUCUGUGUCAGGGAUGAUUGUGAAGGAGUUCUAGUUGGAGAGUGA